CCUCGGCGUAAUCCCUGAUUGGUCGCUGAGCCGCGGACGGGGUGACGCCAGCGCUGGAGCCGUGCGGAGGAGCGCCAGGCGGUUGUGGCGGGGCUGACUGAGGCGGCACCAUGAGUAAAGCGCACCCGCCCGAGCUGAAGAAAUUCAUGGACAAGAAGCUGUCACUGAAGUUAAAUGGUGGCCGACAUGUCCAAGGGAUAUUGCGAGGGUUUGACCCCUUCAUGAAUCUAGUGAUAGACGAGUGUGUGGAGAUGGCACAAGGUGGACAACAGAACACUAUAGGGAUGGUGGUAAUACGAGGAAACAGCAUCAUUAUGUUAGAAGCCUUGGAACGAGUAUAGAUUAACCAGUGAACUCCUGCCUAGCGCUGUGAUUAAACCUCCCCUUAACUCCAGCUGUCUUGUUAACGAAUGAGGAGUCUUCAGGAACUGUACAUUCCUCAUGUAAACUUAUUUUUGUUAAAUAAAUUUUGUAAUGGUUAACAUAA